AUGGCCCCCUGCGCCCUGGGCGCGCGCGCGUGGGCGCCGCUGGGCGCGCUGGCCUCGCUGGCCCUCUGCCUGCCCCGGCGGCGGGAGGCGCGCGCCGAGCCCGGGGGGCCGCGCGGCCCGCUGGAGCUGAAGAUGGUGCAGGUCGUGUUCCGACACGGGGCGCGCAGCCCGCUCAAGCCGCUGCCCGGCGGGAGCAGGAGACUGGGGGCCUUUGAGGGCUUUGGGGUAGAGUGGACCCCCCAGCUGUUAGACGUCCCCCCCGAAACUCGGUUUGACUACACAGUGACCAGUCUCACGGGUGGCCCGAAACCACAUUCGCCUUUCGACGCCCAGAACGAGGGGACUGUCCUGAAGGGGGGCAUAUUUGCUGGGCAGCUGACCAAGGUGGGCAUGCAGCAGAUGUUUGCCCUGGGACAGAGGCUGAGGAAGAGCUAUGUGGAGGGUCCCUUUCUGUCACCAACCUACAACCCCCUGGAGGUCUUCGUCCGUUCCACUAACAUAUAUCGGAAUCUGGAGUCCACUCGGUGUUUGCUGGCUGGCCUUUUCCAACAUCAGAAAGGGCCCAUCGUCAUCCACACCGAUGAAGCAAAUUCUGAGGUCUUGUACCCCAAUUACCUGAACUGCAGGAGUCUACGGGAAAGAAACAGAGGCCGGAAACAGGCUGCCUCCUUGCAGCCAGGCAUCUCAGAAGAUUUGAAAAAGGUGAAGGAAGGAUUGGGUAUCACCAGCAGUGAUGGAAUCGAUUUCUUCAACCUCCUUGACAACAUGGCUGCUGAGCAGGUGCACAGCCUCCCCAGCUGCCCCGCGCUGAGGCGGUUUGCGCAGAUGAUCGAGAGGAGAGCGGUGGACACGGCCUUGUACAUCCUGCAAAGGGAAGACCGGGAGAAUCUGCAGAUGUCAGUGGGCCCGUUCCUGCACCUGCUAGAGGGCAACCUGCUCAGGUCCGUGGACCCUGCCACCCCACCCGGCAUGACCAGAAAACUGUACCUGUACGCGGCUCACGACGUGACCCUCAUGCCGCUCUUACUGGCCUUGGGGAUUUUUGACAACAAGUGGCCCCCCUUCGCCGUUGACCUGACCCUGGAGCUGUACCAGCACCGGGAGACCAAGGAGUGGUUCGUGCAGCUCUCCUACGGGGGGCAGGAGCAGGUGCCCAGAGGUUGCUCCGACCCACUCUGCCCACUGGACAAGUUCCUGAACACCAUGUCACUUUACACCUUAAGCCCAGAAAAGUACCACACGCUCUGCUCGGAAGCCCAGCAGAUGGAACGUGGAAAUGGAGAGUGACUGAUCCGUACAAGCGGGAUGUAUUGAUUUUUUAAAUAAAACAUCUUUACACAAUGACUCCAGAUGUC